UGCAGUCCUUGUAAGCACUUCACUUCUCUUGUAACACCAAAGGCACAAAACCCAGAAAGAGGAAAAAGGAGAAAAAUGAUGAAGCCUCCUCAAGGAGAAGAAGAAGAUGAAGAACGACUUCGUCAAAGAAAACUUGAAGAAGCCCUUGAAGUCAAAUCUCUCCGGCGCAUAAUCAGUGCUUACCUUAAUUAUCCAGAGGCAGCAGAAGAGGAUGUUAAAAGAUACGAAAGAUCGUUUAGGAAGCUUUCUUCUUCUCACAAAGCUUUGUUGUCACACUACCCUUUGAAGUUUCAAAGUCUAAGAAGGUGUAUUUCUAUAAAUUCGUUUUUCAUAAUUAAUAUGCUUCAGGCAUUUGAGCCACCCCUAGAUAUGAGCCACGAUGUCGACGAUUGUGGGUGCUCGCACUUUGAACAGCCUCCAAAUGACAAGAAUGUUUGCUCUCAUGAGUCUGCCGCAGCUAGUGCAAGUUGUUGUUCCAAACCUGAUGAAGCUUGUUGUGGAGAACCAAGCAAUAUGAUGAGCAAACCAGCAGAUUGUUUGGCUCCCAAUGAGGAGGUGGACACUGAAGGUUGUCUUGGGUCUGAUACUGGGAGCUGUCUGGCAGGCCGGGAAAAUUACAAAAUGACAUCUGAAUGCUGUAGCAAUCAUGUUUCUGAUUCCAAUGGAAAUGUCCCGUCAUCACAUCAUGAUUGGUUAGAUCCAUCACUUCAGUUGCGUGUUCCGAUGGUUGAUGUCGAUAAGGUCCGUUGUAUAAUAAGAAACAUAGUAAGAGACUGGGCGGCAGAGGGACAGAAAGAACGUGAUCAGUGCUACAAGCCUAUUCUCGAAGAGCUCAAUUCUUUAUUCCCUGAUCGUUCCAAUGAGAGUCCUCCUACUUGUUUAGUUCCUGGUGCUGGUCUUGGACGUCUGGCCUUGGAGAUUUCAUGUCUGGGUUUUGUUAGCCAGGGAAAUGAAUUUUCAUACUACAUGAUGAUAUGCUCAAGUUUUAUUCUUAACCAGACCGAGACUGCAGGAGAGUGGACUAUAUAUCCUUGGAUCCAUAGCAAUUGCAAUUCACUUUCAGAUAGUGACCAACUCCGUCCUGUUUCAAUACCAGAUAUUCAUCCAGCAAGUGCAGGGAUUACUGAAGGUUUCUCCAUGUGUGGUGGUGACUUUGUUGAAGUGUAUAGUGAUCCAAGUCAAGUAGGAGUUUGGGAUGCAGUUGUUACUUGUUUUUUUAUUGAUACAGCACACAAUAUUGUUGAAUAUAUUGAAAUCAUAUCAAGGAUUUUGAAAGAUGGGGGGGUUUGGAUAAAUCUGGGACCACUACUAUAUCAUUUUGCCGAUGUGUAUGGACAAGAAGAUGAGAUGUCCAUUGAACUGAGUUUGGAAGAUGUAAAAAGAGUUGCGUUAAAUUAUGGGUUUGAAGUUGAGAAGGAAUCGACAAUUGAGACGACUUACACUACAAAUCCUCGAGCAAUGAUGCAAAAUCGAUACUUCGCUGCAUUCUGGACAAUGAGAAAGAAAUCGGUGGAGAAGCAUUCUACAUGAAAAGGAGCGAUAGAGAAGCAUUCUGCAUAAUGAUUACCUGCCUAUAUAUUAUGCAGUCUGCUAUGUUGCUCCCUCGUAAAAGCUGCAUAACCGAAAUCAGUAAUUCUAUUGUAUUUCUAGAAAAUAAUACAGGGUUUAAAAUUAAUUUAUCUAUGCAUCGAAUUGUUGACUGAAA